UGUAUAACUUAAUAUUUGUUUUCUAUUGUCUAGUUUCAGAGUAUUUAUUUUUUGUUCUAAGCUCUUCCAGAAUUGAACAGAUUUGUAUCCAAAUCAUCUACCAAAUUGUCUCACACUUCAUUCUCAUAGUAGCGACACGUGGCCAUUAGGUGUUUUAUAAACAACACAUUGGCGAGAAUACUACCUAGUUCGUGGAGGCGAACGGAAUACAAAAUCGAUUAAAAAAAACAGAGGGAUGCUCUUUAAAUUGAAUAAAACAUAAAAGUGUAAUUUAUCUUUAUUAUUUUUGCAUAUCGCUCCUUCAAUACAAAAGCACCACAAGUCAAAAAAUUUCAAAAACGUUAUUUUUGCAUAAAAUGCAUCUUAAACGAUGAAACUUUAAUAUUUCGCGAAAACAGCCAUUGUUUUAUGACUAUAAACACCCGUAAACGCACACACGUUAGUUUUGUUUUGUACCGUUUUUGUAACUGAGUUCCGCGAAAAAGUACCAUAUUGUCAGUUGUCAGCAGUCAUUCGGCACAAGCACACGCUUUUUUUGUGUAAAACUACCACAUUCCAAACAACUGCUAAAAGACGCGUGAAAUCAUAUAUUUAAAAGUGCCACAUUCAAAAAUAAUUACCUUUUGCAGAUCACAUACACCAUGACAUCAAGAGCGUACCGUAUUUUGAACUUGGUACCACCUGAGGAAUAUGAUGCUGAUGAGAUAGAAGAUAGCAAAUCAUCCGUACCAGAUAGUCAAUUUGAUGUAGAUAUUCUCAGCUCUGAUGAAGAAAACGAAGAUAUUCCAGAAACGCCAUCAAAACACAGAACAUUCAAUAAACCAUCUUUAGUCAUCCCAGAAACAGACUCAGACAGUAACUCUUCAUCUGAUGAAUCUUCUAGCUCUUCGAGCAGUUCUAGUUCUUCAAGUAGCUCCAGUUCUACAAAUAGCCAUAAAGAUUUCUCAUCCGAUGAUAGUGUCAAAGAUCCUACGUAUGAAGAUCCAUUUAUUAAAAAACGCAAAGCCCAGUCAGAUUCCGAAGAAGAGCAACAACCACAAGCGCAGUUACCUGGCAUUCAAGAUUUUCCACAAUCAUCAGCCGUAGAUAACCAGGAGUUAUUCAAAAUUAAUUCACCAUUACCUAGAGUUGAUGACCAGCCAUCUAGCGUUGACGAGCACCCAUCUAGCGUAGACGAACAGUCUCCUAGUGUUGUUGCUGUGGGCAACAAAAGAACAAAUUCAUGCUUGCAAUGUACCAAUAUGCGACUCAAGAAUUGCCAAACAUCAAGAGUAUUACUCAUAAGUUCCUUAUAAAAGGCCACACACAAAAUGAAGGAGACUGUGUUCAUUCGGUCAUUCAACGUAAUAU